AAUCAUUCUUGACUUGUUCCAAGAGCUUUUGUUCGAAGAAAGAAUUCGAACUUCCUAGAAAUUAACUGAAUUUUCACGGAAAUAAGGAUCAAAAGAGAAAGUGCUCAAGUGUUUCAUCAAGGAAAACCAGUGCUCUCGUACCGUGAACCAGUAAUAAUCACUAUUGUAGUACAAUUUUAAAUAAAAAUGGAUCAGGUUAACAAGCUGAAGGAAUUGGGUAAUGCGGCGUUGUCUUCUGAAGACUUCGAGACCGCAGUGAAGCACUACACCGAGGCCAUCGCCUUGGACCCUUCCAACCAUGUACUCUACAGUAACCGCUCUGCGGCGCAUGCUAAAGCCGAGAACUACGCCGCUGCCUUAGAAGAUGCUAUAAAAACCGUAGAACUUAACCCAACUUGGAGCAAAGGUUAUUCCAGGAAAGGCAGUGCAUUAGCAUACAUGGGCAAGUUUGAUGAAGCCAUAGCAACCUACCAGAAAGGGCUAGAGUUAGAACCCAACAACGCGCAACUGGCUGAGGGCCUGUCGCAGGUGAAGAACCAGGCUGCUGAAGCCAAGCUGAAGGCUGCUCAACUUAUGGAGAAGCUCAGGAACCACCCUCAGACUAGGGAGUGGCUAAAUGACCCCGAGUAUGUCAAAAUGGUUGAGGAGAUGGCGUUCAAUCCAUUUGGAGGUGUCAACAUGGGCAAGCUUCAAGACAAAAGAGCACUCACCACUCUUAGUGUCAUGCUCGGAUUUGAUGGAUUAAACGAAAGCAUGGAUGUAGACCCACCAGCCCCUGAGAAGAAGUCAAGUCCCCCACCAAAGCCAGAGGAACCGCCUAAACCCAAACAGGAGGAUUUACCAGAGAACAGAAGACUGGCCUUGCAGGAGAAAGAAUUAGGAAACAAUUCAUACAAAAAGAAAGAAUUUGAAACGGCAAUUAAACAUUAUCAAAAAGCUGUAGAGCAUGACCCCACCGAUAUCACCUUCUACACCAACAUGGCAGCCGUGUACUUUGAAAUGAAAGAAUAUGAGAAAUGUAUAAAGGAAUGUGAAAAGGGAAUUGAAAUUGGAAGAGAGAACCGUGCCGACUUCAAAUUAAUAGCCAAAGCUUUUUGCAGAAUGGGUAAUGCAUACAAAAAGAUGGAGCAGUGGAAGUUAGCCAAAACAUACUUUGAGAAGUCAAUGUCAGAGCACCGCACACCAGAGAUCAAAACUUUGCUGAGCGAAGUUGACAGAAAGAUUGCAGAAGAAGAGAAAAAAGCUUAUGUCGACCCUGUGAAGGCUGAGCAAGAGAAGGAAUUGGGCAACGAGUACUUUAAAAAGGGAGACUACAGCACAGCGGUGAAGCACUACACAGAGGCGAUCAUGCGCAACCCUGACGACCCCAAGCUGUACUCGAACCGGGCCGCUUGCUACACCAAGCUGGCUGCGUUCGACCUCGGGCUGAAGGACUGUGACCAGUGCUGCAAGCUCGACCCCAAGUUCAUCAAGGGGUGGAUCCGGAAGGGCAAGAUCUUGCAGGGUAUGCAGCAGCACUCGAAGGCUCUGACGGCCUACCAGAAGGCUCUCGAGCUGGACCCGAGCAACGCCGAGGCAGUGGAUGGAUACCGUGCCUGCUCCACGCAACUGCACUCCAACCCUGAAGAGGUCCGCAAGCGCGCCAUGGCGGACCCCGAGGUGCAGCAGAUCCUGCGCGACCCCGCCAUGCGCUGCAUCCUCGAGCAGAUGCAGCAGGACCCCCACGCUCUGCAGGAUCACCUCAAGAACCCGGAGGUGGCCGCCAAGAUACAGAAACUGCUCGAGUCUGGCCUCAUCGCUAUACAUUAAAACCUCCGCGCAAGAGAAAGAUUUAAAUUUAGAACUGUCAAAUUUCGUUUUAAGACGGGAGCGAUUGCUUGGUCUGAGGUGUAGUUGACAGUUCUAAAUUUAAAAUUGUUUUAAGAAUGAGGCCGUGUGUCAGCCUUUUAGCUUGUAGGAUUGUCGCAAAUAGGUUGGAUGUGUGCGAACUUAAGUGGAGUCUACCGCUUUGGUGUAUUUUUCUCGUAUGGCAACACUGGAUUUUAAAGUUUUAAAUUCACUAAAGAUUGCAUACUAUUUCAAACUUUUUAUUAUUAUUAUUGUAAUGUUGGUGGUCUAUCAGACAGCUGUUUAUCUAUUUUAAGAUAUAUCCGAUCUGCUACUGUUUUUCACCCACUACAUGAAGUUUGCCUACCUGUUUAAUUGAAAUAUCGCCCUGUGAUUUGUAAUUUGUUUUCAUAAUUCAUCAUCUUUAAGCCUUAGACCAUUCCAGUACUCCCAAAAUAAGAUAAUGUAGGUGCACUUAUUUUUACAAUAUAUACAAUACCGUUUACGUUUUCUUGUUAGCAUAUAAACAAAAUAUACUUACGCUAAUGUAUACUGCCUAUAAAAUUACAUGCGGAUUUUGUAAUUUAUUCAAUAAAGAAUUAUGUAGGCAAA